CUUAGACAAGCCUAAGCUGCUUUGAGCUGCCUGUAGCUCUCGCCGUGGCUACGCACAAGCCGGCAUUUCGCGAGUUAAGCAGCCCGUCUUGAAGAGGACUCAGCGCUUGAGCAACUAGAAGCACUAACGUAGCGCGAGAGCACUCCGCAGAAUGCCCGCCGACGUCGAGACGGAAGCGACCAUCGGGUCCAGCAGCGCCAUCGCUGCGGCUGAUUCUGCUUCGUCUUCCUCUGAUGCGGUACCCGGUUCGCAACCAAAAGUGGAGGACCUCGCUGCGGUCGAUGGCAAGCUUAAGACUGCUCAGAAGCACAAGGAGGAAGGCAACGCGUUCUAUUCACAGGGAAAAGUGGUCGAGGCGCUGAAAGAGUGGCACCUGACCCUCUUAUAUGCAGCAGGCAUCAACUCGCUCUCACCCAAUUCCGGCGCCAAAUCAUCCGAAGAACAAAACACGCAAGCAAAACAGAUCUGCCUAUCGGUGUACAACAAUCUCUGCGCAGCGUACAUUAAGCAGGAGCGGUGGCAAAAAGCCGUAUAUGCUGCUACCAAGGUACUCAGCUUGUGCCCGGAGAAGGAACCAAACCUCAAGGCGCUGUAUCGACGCGCUAUGGCCUAUUACCAUCUCAAUGAGAAUAUCAACGCGGCCAAGGAUUUGGACCUAGCGCUGGACAAGGCACCCCAAGACCCGGGACUCAGAGCGCUCGCUGCAAAUAUCGCGAAAGCAGACGAAGAGGGGAGGGUUAAGGCGCAGGAAAAGAUGCGAGGUUUCUUGAACAAGCAAAACAGUUGAUUGCAGUCCGUGACAGGUAUCGAACAAUGACAUGUGGCUCGCUUUCCCCGGGUUCCUCCUUCUGCAAUUUGGAGCGCCAAGUCCCGACCGAUCAUAGCAAAUAACUACACCGACGACACUUGCACCUGUGCGCACAAAUGUACAUCAAGGACAUUGCAUAAUAUGCAUAUUCGGCUC